AUGUCCGAGAAACUCGAGAACAUCACUAGCAUUACUAGCGCUGGUGACAGGCACGAUGCCGCCGACCAUGAGGUGAAUCUUGAGGCUGUCAGGUCCCACCAAUAUGGGUUCGAGACUGUUGCUGAUGAUUUGACCCACGAGCAAAAGUUCUAUAUUGUUAAAAGAUUGAACUACGACAACCUUAACACCUUUGAAGACUUGCCUCCUUCUGUGGCCUUCAUUUUGGAGAAAAUUCAGCACUUGACUGUCGAGGAGUCCGAGGUAAUUUUGAAACAGUUCUUGAUUGAUCAUGAGGGUGAUGUCAAUGUUCCUAUGGAGGACUAUGAUUUCAUCAAACUUUUGGUCGACCAUGCAAGUCUGGUCUCAGAGAGUGGUGUCAAGCUGAAGGAGAAUUCCUCAGCUGAUGAGAAACACGAUGCUGUCGUGAGAGAACACUCCAUUACUUCCUUGGAGUCCGCUGAGCACGGAAGAAUUCAUGACUGGGGCUUGCAACUUCGUACUGAAGCUGCCCUUGUUGCCUACUGGUCUCCAUACCCUGAGGUCAGAGCCGUCACCGAACCAUUCGAUGACCCAGACACUCCAUGUGAAACCUUUAGGGUUUAUGUCAUUGGUAUUAUUUGGGUUGUUCUUGGUACCAUCAUUAACCAGUUUUUCGUCGAGAGACAGCCCAGUAUUUCCUUGGGUUCCACCGUCGUCCAACUUCUUGUCUAUCCAUCUGGAAAGCUCUUAGAAACAAUUUUGCCAGCCAAGACUUUCAAGAUUUGGAGAUGGAAUAUCAAUCUCAAUCCAGGUCCCUGGAGCCACAAGGAGCAGAUGCUUGCUACGCUUUGCUACAGUGUCAGUGGUGGUGCGGUUUACGCAACAUACUUUAUCAAUCUUCAGAAGUUGGAUCGUUUCUAUGCUAACCCUAGUUUCAAGAUUGGUGCGCAGUUCCUUAUGGUUCUUUCCUCCAACUUCUUGGGUUUCGGGUUCGCUGGUAUUUUCAGAAAGUAUGUGGUUUACCCCGUUUCAGCGAUCUUCCCAACCAUUCUUCCGUAUCUUGCCGUCAACCGUGCCUUGGUUCAGCCUGAAAAGAAGGAGACCAUCAAUGGCUGGAGGAUCUCUAGUUACAGCUUCUUUUUGAUUGUGUUCGGUGCUUCGUUCCUUUACUUCUGGGUCCCAGACUAUCUUUUCCAAGCACUUUCCACAUUUAACUGGAUUUCCUGGGCUGCUCCUAAUAACUUUAACGUUGCAGCAAUUACCGGAAUGCAAUCUGGCUUGGGCUUGAAUCCUAUCACAACGUUUGACUGGAAUAUCAUUAGUUUCAGUUCUCCUUUGAAAGUCCCAUUCUUCGCCCAGCUUAACAGCUACUUGGGCAUGUUCCUUGGCUUUUUCUUGAUCAUUGGCCUCUGGUGGUCUAACUACAAGUGGACAGGCUACUUACCUAUCAACUCCAACCUGAUUUUCACCAAUACCGGUGACUAUUAUGCUGUUACUGAAGUCUUGAACAGCGAGAAAAAGCUCGACAUUGCCAAGUAUGAGCAGGUCGGACCACCAUUCUAUUCUGCUGCCAAUAUGAUCGCGUAUGGUGCAUUUUUUGCACUCUACCCAUUGAAUUUUUUCUAUGUCCUUCUCACUGAAUGGAAGAGUAUCCUGUUUGCCACUGUGUCUUUGAUUAAGUCCUUCAGAUUUAAGAAGAGCAGCUCGACUUACGAGGGUUUUGAUGAUCCAUUUUCCACUUCCAUGAAAGCGUAUCCUGAGGUUCCAGAAUGGUGGUUUGGCAUUAUCUUCAUUAUCUCGAUUGUGUUUUCCAUCAUAACUGUUGAAGUAUACAAGUUAGAGACUCCAGUGUGGACCAUUUUCUUUGCAAUUGCCUUAAACUUUGUGUUUUUGUUGCCCUUCGUGAUUGUCUACGCCUCCACCGGUACUUCCAUGUCGAUUAAUGUUUUGCUUGAAAUGAUUAUUGGUUACGCACUCCCAGGAAAUGGUACCGCCUUGAACUAUGUUAAGACCUUGGGUACCAACAUCGACUCCCAAGCUGAAAACUAUAUCACCAACCAGAAGCAGGCUCACUACUGGAGAAUCGCUCCUCGUGCCCUUUUUAGAGUUCAGAUGGUUUCUGUGAUCGUCAACAGUUUGGUGUCUGUGGGUAUGAUUAAUGUGACCUUGAACACCAUCGAGGACUACUGCUCCCCACGUCAAAAACAGAAGUUCACAUGUCCCGGAUCGAACACGUUCUAUUCUGCUUCUGUUCUUUGGGGUGUCAUUGGACCAAAGCGGGUCUUUGGUGGUCUUUAUCCAAUCUUUCAAUGGACUUUCUUGAUCGGGUUCUUAUUAGCAUUCCCAUGUUGGGCCCUCAAGAGGUACUACGGUCACACCAGAUUUGGUAAGUACUUCCAUCCAAUUGUCUUCGCUUCCGGUAUGAUCAGUUACGCCCCAUAUAACCUUGCGUACUACACGCCGGGAUUGUAUGUGUCGACUGCGUUUAUGUUCUACCUCAGAAGAGCAAAGCUCGCUUGGUGGAAGAAGUACAACUACCUUCUUUCUGGUGGUUUGGAUGGUGGUAUUGCUUUUAGCAGUAUCAUUAUUUUCUUUGCUGUUCAAUACCACUCCAAGAACAUUUCUUGGUGGGGUAACAAUGUUAAUGACAACGUUUUGGACGCAAUGGCACCAGCUAGACUCAACGCCACUAUCGAUGCUCCAGACGGAUACUUUGGCCCUAGAAUCGGUCACUUCCCAUAA